AUGAAUUUCCUUUUCGGUAAGAAGAAGACGCCAGCAGAAGUACUUCGUCAACAUCAAAGAAGUCUACAGAAAGCUCAGCGAGAACUUGAUAGAGAAAGAGAACGCAUGGAGAGGCAGGAAAAGAAGCUGAUCCUUGAUAUCAAAAAGUCUGCAAAGGAGAAUCAAAUGAGUGCAUGUAAGGUGAUGGCAAAGGAUCUGGUGCGUACCAGAAGACACAUUCAAAAGUUUUACUCCAUGAAGACUCAGUUACAAGCAGUGAGUUUGCGUAUCCAGACAAUGAGCUCUAGCCAUCAAAUGGCCACAGCCAUGCGUGGAGCAACGAAAGCCAUGGGAUCAAUGAAUCGACAGAUGAAUUUACCGCAAAUCCAGAGGAUCAUGAUGGAAUUUGAAAAAGAGAGUGAAUUGAUGGACAUGAAGGACGAAAUGAUGGGAGAUGCCAUUGACGACGCUAUGGAAGAAGAAGACGAUGAAGAAGAAAGUGAGGAAAUCGUAAAUAAGGUGCUUGAUGAUAUUGGCAUUAGUUUCAACCAAGAGUUGGAUCAAGUACCCAUAGGGUUCAACCAGCCUGUUGCAUCAACAGCAAAUGAAAAGAUUGCAGAAACCAGCUCUGGUGAUGCUGCGUUACAGGCACGAUUAGAUAAUUUGAGAAGAGAAUGA